AUGUCCAUCGAGACAUUCACUAUCCCUGGAGUCUCGUACGCUACUUUUUUUACUGGCAAAGAAGGGGACGAUGAGGCUGUACCUGCGUUCAAGAUCGUGCUCAAGAAUGCAAGCAAGUUUCCCCAGUCGAUUCUGAGUGGUCACACAGCGACGGACAAGACCAGCCAUGAGGCCCAUUCGGCUGGUCCAGCACCCGUCUCUGUCCAGCGGCAGAGUCGCAGCCUCUUCCCGUCACUGUCCGGCUUCAAACAAAGCCUCAGCCGGAGCCUGAGCCGGAGCCGGGAUCGAUCGGCAGCUUCCACGUCCGAGCAGGGGCUGGCAGAGACAUAUCUUCUGGCUGAAUCGAAACAUCUUCUGGCUGAACAGCAAGCACAGGGUCUACGCCUGCGCAAGCUGUUGGAGCAAAUGACACCUCACGCUUAUCAGCAGAGCUUGAAGGACUGGCUCCGCGAUCAGCCGCCCGACUCCGGCUCGACGAUUGCCGAAGACGAAGUCGUGAUCUACCUCACGCCAAAAGUCGUCGACAAGGACGAAGCGAUCCCGUACGGGGGUGCAGUCGUGAACCUUGAGACUUACUUCGCGACGAGUGCAAAUGAUUUGCGAGGAUCGCGUGAGUUGAUCCUGACAGGCCGCGACAAGUUCCGCACUUCCAACUGCAAGGAGGGCGUCGAACACCUUCCGGCGAGCGAGCGCGACUAUCUCCUUGUACUCGCCAGCGCCGUCAACUCCGUGAACGAGCGACUAAGCGCGCGCGGGGAUCAGCGAGGCGAUGCGCCCUCCGUGAUCAGAGACAAUGUGCAGGCGAGCUCUGGCAGCUGCAUCAUGAGUCUCAGACCAAUGGUCAACAAAGUCAAGGAAGAUGACGAAGAUCGUGAGCAGGUCUGGGGCAUUGAGAAGAACAGCUCGUACCUGAGCACGGCGUCAGAAAAAUUCUGGGACAUUCUUUGGAAGGCAAAGGUCGUGGAGGAGCGCCCCCUACGAGGCAAGAAGACGGUCUUACUCAUCGAUACUCCGAACUGA